AUGUUAAUGCAACAAAUCGUUGAUGGAAAGUUGCAACAUGGAACCCUUAAACAUGUGGCGACACUCUUCUCUGUAUCUAAGCGGACUAUAAGUCGCAUUUGGCAUGACGCUAAACUUCAACUUCAACAUGGAUCACUUGUCGAUGUAUCUUCGAAGAUGGCUAAUGUAGUUGGAAGAAAAAGAAUACAAAUCGAUUAUGCUCAAGUCUCACAAAUCCCAUUACGUCGUCGAACAAAUAUUCAGUCUAUAGCAAAAGCAAUAGACGUUUCAAAAUCAACAAUGCAUAGAAGAAUCAAAGAAGGAGCUUUAAGACCACAUACAAAUGCGAUCAAGCCGGAUUUAACCGACGACAAUAAGAAAGCAAGGUUAGAGUUCUGUCUAUCAACUGUUACUCGAUCUUUGACAUUUCAUGACAUGUUUAAUGUGAUUCACAUAGAUGAAAAAUGGUUUUAUAUGUCAAAACCAUCAAAGCGUUACUAUCUUGUUCCCAACGAAAUUGAGCCAUUAAGAACAUGUAAAUCAAAAAAGUUUAUCACAAAAGUAAUGUUCCUAGCCGCCGUUGCACGACCAAGAUUUGAUGCAUCGGGUAAUGAAGUCUUUUCGGGAAAAAUCGGUAUAUUCCCAUUCACAACUUUGGAACCCGCAAAACGGUCGAUACUACCGGCUAUUAGAUCUAAAUGGCCACGAGAUCACACUGGUCCAAUUUUUAUUCAACAAGACAAUGCAAAACCCCAUAUCGAUGUCAAUGAUGCGGAGUUUAAUCAAGAGGCUUCAAAAGAUGGGUUUGAUAUCCGACUUUGUUUUCAACCUCCAAACAGUCCAGAUUUGAACGUGUUGGACCUCGGGUUUUUUUGGGCAAUUCAGUCUCUUCAAGAACAAGAGGUUUUAGGAUCAAUUGAUGAAUUGGUUAGUGCUGUUAAAACAUCUUUUGAAAGAAUGCCAUCAAAUGAGCUUAACAAUGUGUUUUUAACUUUACAAACAUGUAUGAAAGAGAUCAUGAAAGUUUGA